AUGAUUCUGUCUUUUACAGUCCUUGCUUCAAGUGGAAUCGAUUAUGACAUUAAACUAUGGAUGCCUACAGCUAGUCAGCCAGCUCAAGUGGAAGGUCUAGAUGAGAUCGUGCGGACAAAUGAACAAAUGCUUGAAGAAAGUAGAGAUACAAUAACCGUCCCGGCAUCCUUCAUGCUACGAAUGCUUGCUUCUUUGAACCACGCACGUCUUGGUCGAAAYCAAGAUGACUCGGAGACAGACUCCAAUGACUCUGACUAACGAAUCUUAUUUGUUAUUAUGGUUCGCCCAAAUAUCGAAGCUGGAAAUUUAAGAAUUUCAAGUGUAUGAAGAAUUUCUGGCAAAAUAUUCAUCAUUUUUGAAAGACUGAAAUGAGUUUCAACGAGGAGCAAAAGGUGAAUAUAGCUAAUUCAAUGAACGUUGCCGUUGAGAAAGUUGAAUCUUAACUUUCUGACCGUGAGGUAUCAUGGGAUAUGUAUUGUUAGGCAAUAUACAUCCCAUGAUACUUCGCGGUCAGGUGAUUGAGCUUUAGACAUUCUAAACGACAAUGCUAGUUGAAUUUGCUGUAUAAAUAUGGGACGUGGAAAAAGUUGACUUUUUCAAUAUGUUCAACGAAGUACCACACUAAGGAACUACAACUGAAGAACUUCCAUGUUUUUUUUGAAAGCUUCAUUGUCAAUAACACUUCUCAUUUGGAGGGACUAUAUACUAAUUUGUAUGUUGAUUGACAACUAUGUAUCGUGCACCGCUGGCUAAAUUUUCGAAGGCUCGGGGCACGCUAUCUGUGGUUGUAAAGUCGCAGUUUGCUAUAAACAGUUAAAAAGUUGUUGUCUUUUCGGCUUUUAGUUGUGAGGUACAGCUGUAUAUGAUGUCAGAAGUGCUAGAGGAUGAUUAAAUAUCGACAACUUUUUUAUAUA